CGCUCCGAAGGUAAGUUUUUUCGCCAAUCUUAUAGCAGCGCCCCUGGCAUAGCAUCUCACAAUUAGUCUACUGUGGUUCCUCGUCGCUUCGCCGAUUUUCCGUCGGGAAGAAAAUAUUUAUUGCUGUCUAGUGUGUAAUUAAGGAGUGCUUGAACAAGGACAAUGGGCGUUCCAGCUGGAGAUGUUGAGAAGGGCAAGAAGCUGUUCGUACAGAGGUGCUCUCAAUGCCACACCGUGGAAGCUGGUGGCAAGCACAAAACCGGACCCAAUCUGCAUGGUUUGAUUGGCAGGAAGACUGGCCAAGCGGCCGGAUUCUCCUACACGGACGCCAAUAAGGCUAAAGGUAUUACAUGGAAUGACGACACUCUGUUUGAGUAUCUCGAGAAUCCAAAGAAGUACAUCCCGGGCACGAAAAUGGUGUUUGCGGGAUUGAAGAAGCCGCAAGAGCGGGCGGACUUGAUUGCUUACCUCAAGGAUUCCACCAAGUAAAUCGUGGUGGGAUACUGAAAUCCCACAGUAUACAUCCGAGAGAAGAGGGAACUAGGAAAA